AUGCAUGGUGCCACCUGCUACUCAUUCAGGGAGAACAAACUGAGGGACUGUGCUGCCAACUCGGAUUCUGACAUUAACUCAGACGAUGAUGAACCUGAUGUUCUCCUCCGACAGCGUCUGGCCGCAGCCCUACUGUGCUUCAUCAGUACUCAGCUACAGCCAGCGGUGUUGAGGGUUUGCCUGCAUACACUGCGUAUCCUGUCUCGCGACCGGCGGGCCCUAGGGCCCAUGGUCACUGAUAGCGCCCUUUGCACCUUUGCACACCUGGGAGGCAUCAGCUCACUGCAGGAGGAGGGAAGCACUGAGGAUCAGACUGUCAGAACACCCAGCCAGAUCCACAGAGGACCAGAGAGUCACUGUGAGGGUACUGCAGAUGCUAAUGCUACACCACGAUCGGUUUCCUUCUUUGCUCCUGUGGAGGUAGACGAUGCUGCCACCACUGAUGGCUCAGUUCGUCAUAAAUGGAGAGGUGAUGGAGGUCAUGUGGUGCUUGCCCGUGGGAAGAAGGACACCCGGAAGGAGAACAGUGAGGAGGAACAGAAGGAGGAGGAUGGGGAAGUGUGUAGGAAGGAGGCCAUAAAAGUCUUGUGUAAUGUCAUCUACAACAGUCCCAGGGCACAGGAGAGGGCCAACACACUCAGUCUUCUGCAGGGUCUGUGGGUGAGUCUGAAGCAGAGCGUCUGUAGCACGGUGCCGUCCAGUGGACAGUUUUACAAGCUGAGACUGCUCUUCUUACUGACAGCUCUGCGGCCUGAGCUCAGGCUGCAGCUACAGCAGGAGCAUGGAGUGUCAGUGCUGACCAAAGCCCUGGAGCAGUGCCUGGCUGUGAGGGGGGGUGAGGGAUAUGAGGUGCUGACUGACAGCAUGACCCUUCCCAUGUCCAAGGAGAUGUCCCAGGAUGUCAUUGAGAUCCUCAAGACACUCUUCAACAUCACCCACAUGGCCCACAGGCAGGAGCCAGAUGAGGAGGAUGCUGCUCUAUAUCGUCACCUAGCAGCUGUGCUGCGCCACUGCUUGUUGCUGUCAUGUGAUGGAGAAGACACGUUGGAGGAACUCCAAGGACAUACAGUAAACAUCCUGUCAGCACUGCCGCUGAUGUGUCUGGACGUCCUGCUGUCUGUUCGUGUGGACCAGGCAUCCCACAAGUGGGAGGGAGUCAACAUGGACUGUGUCCAUACAUUGCUGCUGUUUAUGGAAAGACGCCUUAACAGGGGUCAGAGGCUGAAGGAGAAACUAACACCUGUACUGAAUCUGCUGACUGAGAGCUCUCGGGUACACAGGGAGACGCGUCACUAUUUACGGCAAAAGAUCUUACCUCCACUGAGGGACGUUGCCAUCCGACCUGAGCAGGACACUACACUGAGAGGCCAGCUGGUCCGCCUAAUGACCCACGUUGACACAGAUGUGAAGCACUGUGCUGCUGAGCUGCUCUUUGUGCUCUGCAAAGAGAAUGUUAGCCGCUUUGUCAAAUAUACGGGUUAUGGCAACGCUGCCGGGCUGCUGGCAGCUCGGGGACUGCUGAAUGGAAGAAGGAAUUCAGGUGACAGCCAGUAUGCUUCCCAGUACUCCAGUGACUCAGACUCAGACACAGAGGAGUACCGGGAGGCCAAAGCCAGGAUUAACCUGGUGACUGGCCGGGUGGAGGCGGAGCAGCCUGACCCAAUGGAAGGCAUGACGGAGGAAGAGAAGGAGGAGGAGGCCUGCCGCCUCAUCGGCAUGAUCAACAGACUGUCACGAGACCAGAUCAUUCAGCCAAUGGGUGUGACAGCAGAGGGCAGACUGGCUCCACUCUGGGGCCAGAUGAGGGACUGCACACUGGAGGAAGAAGAAGAAGAUCCAGAGGAGAAUUUGGAUCUGAUGCCGCAGGGGAGGAAAGACAAGCAGAUGGAAUAA